GAAAACUCGCGCUGAGGGAAUCGCCUCAAAAAUGGUUUUACAUGCGGGACGAAGAUGACAUUUCCACGUCUUGCGAAGGUAAAUAUUUUUUUCUCGGCUUUCCGAAAAUACACUGAUUAUAAAUGCCAGCCAUCAAGCAUGCACACACAUUUUUUGCCUUAUUAUAUUCCAGUGGCAAUCGGCAACGACUGUGAAUCCGAUUCUUGCUGUUCCAAAUACGUCGAACACUCCCACUGCAAUAUCAGCGAAAAACUGUGUGCCUGUAACAAAGGAUACGUUUUCAGUCCUCUUAGUAAACUUUGUCAAAAAAUAGAACUGGUCUAUCAUAAGCAAAAAUCACAGCCUCUUAUUACCCCGGUUGCGGGUAAUUUUCAUCAACUGAAGACCUUUUGCAACGACACUUUCUGCGUGGAUACCACGCCACAUUUCCAUCCGACCACACUCGGCCAAGGCGGCAAAGCCCGUUCCGUUCUCAGCAACCAGUGCUUCCUGAUGUAUUUCCCCUGUCUUGUGCAGAAUUCCGUAUGCACACCGCAUCCCUCGAAUCCUUACCAGGGAUAUUGCGCAUGUCAAGCGGGAUAUACGGCUGAUGGCGAGGAUGCUUGUGUGCCUGAUAAAGGCGAUACAGUCGGAUUAAUUCCUCCCGAUACCGAAGAAUCGGCUGUCCAAAGCACGACGGCGGAGACUGAAAUUACUACCGUAAGCCCAACGGAAUCAGGGACAACUGCAGAGGAGACAACCAGUACUACGUCGUCGGAUAGCUUCGAAACUUCCACUGAACCGGCGCAUGUGAAUCCAUUUCCGGACAAGGUCAGUUGCGGCCGCCCGGGCACCACGAAAUCAUCUGAAUUUGGAUUAAGCAGCUAUUUCAGUGUUCGUACAAAAAAGUCCGUGGACAGCGAUUCACUGCACAGGAUUGUUGGUGGUCAGGAUGCAUUGCAGAACGAGAUAUGUUGGCAGGCAGGCGUGAUAUCUUUUGCAUCCGAUAUGCAAAGUUACGAAUACUGUGGAGGAACGAUCCUAAGUGAACGUUGGGUGCUAACGGCUAUGCACUGCGUUGUUGAGAAUACAGAUGUUGCUCAACCAACACCUAUUAGUCGCAUUUUUGUAUCCAUCGGUGCGACUAAUUUCCCGGCAUCUGCUCUAUCGACGGGAUCCGUCUGCGGAUCAUACUUAAAAGUCCAAGAGGUCAUCAUUCAUCCAACGGCAGCAUUCAUUCAAGACGAAACGGAUCAGUUUGUUGGAAUCUCUGACGAUCUUGCUCUUAUCAAGCUGGAAGGAACUUUGAAUUUUUCCUUGCCAUGCAUUUGCCCACUAUGCUUGACGCCAAAACGCCCAAAACCCGAAGAAACUUGCAUUGUUUCCGGUUAUGGAUGUCAAGAUGCAGCUUGCGAGUCUCCGCCGCCGCAUAGUUUAGCGUGGCUCAAAGUAAGUACAGCAUAA